AUGAAGAAGUUUGGACUGAAUCACUUUCUGAGCGUCCUGGACUCCGUCCGCAGCAUGAAGGCGCUAACGUUCGGGCUAACCCUCGUCCGGCAUGCGGAAACGAUGUACAACCAAAAAGGACUUUUACAAGGCCAGGCGAUAGACUCCCCUCUGUCUGAAACUGGGCUGCAGCAGGCGGAAGCUGCAGGACUCUACCUGAAAGACGUUGUGUUCAGCAACGUGUUUGUCAGCGAUAUGCUGCGGGCUCGGCAGACAGCUGAAAAGAUAAUGCAGCACAACAGCAGCUGUUCAGGUCUUCAGAUGGUGUGUGACCCGUUACUUAAAGAGAAAAGCUUUGGGAUCGCAGAGGGGGGACGAGUUCAGGACUUCAAGGAGAUGGCCAAGGCAGUGGGUGAGCCGUUUCCAGACUUCACCCCUCCGGGGGGGGAGACUCAGGAGCAGGUAAAGGAGCGAGUCAAAACGUUUUGGGACAAAAUGCUUCAACGAAUUGGGGCCGUCCACUGGGAUGACAGGAGGCAGGAGGAGGCCCCACCACGUUCAUCUGUGGAGGGAAAAGCAGAUGACGGCGUGGGGGACGUCCCGGUUCAUGCGCUCGUCGUCACCCAUGGAGCUUACAUGCGCGUGGCUCUGCGUUACAUCGUGGAGGAGUUGCAUUGCUGCUUACCUCGUGGCUGUGACGAGGUACACGUGUUCUCUUUAAGUCCGAACACGGGACUGUGCAGGUUUAGGCUGAACGUCACCAAACAGGGGAACAGGUUUGUUCUGUUGGACGUCCGCUGUGUGUUCGUUCACAGGGCAGAACACAUUCAAAAGUAGGAACUCAGAAAAAAAAAACAAGGUCAUUACUACUAAAAAGUUUAAUUAAUUAUUAAGUGUUUUCACUGUAAAAAAUUAACCCC